CACUGCUGGGCACUGACUGGCGGCACUGACUGGCACAACCGCUGGACACUGACUGGUUGCACUGACUGGCAGCACUGCUGGGCUGCACUGGUGGGUGGCACUGGUGGGCGGCACUGGUGGGUGGGCACAGGUGGGUGGCACUGGUGGGUGGGCACAGGUGGGUGGCACUGCUGGGCACAGGUAGGUGGCACUGCUGGGCACAGGUGUGUGACACUGCAGAGUGGCACAGGUGGAUGCACUGCUGGGCACAGGUGGAUGCACUGCUGGGCACAGGUGGGUGGAACUUGUGGGUGCCACUGCUGGGCACCGAUCAUCAGGGCACUGAUCAUCAGUGCCCUGAUGAUCGGUGCCGAUCCUCGCUCUGACAACUGCCGGUUCUCGGCAGUACUUUCCUCACGAUCUGACAGCGUGAGGAAAGUGCAGCCGAGAACCGGCACUUGC